AUGAUGAUUAUAAGCCGAAAACCAGAGGGUCCAAUCGCAACAGCGCGUCACGGUGACGGUCUGUACGACUCCUACAUGAGGCCAGAGCACAUCCUGAAGGAGGAGCAGGACCCCAGCAGCCCCUCCUCGCUGCCCCCCAUGAGCAAACACACCGUGGUGAGUAACAAGACUGUGAUGAGGGACCAGGUUUCGAUCCGCGGCGGCGCUCUGAAGGUCAAGUACCUGUAUGAGGACGGAACCAACAACCGCAAAGUCAACGCCAUCUCCACGGUAACCGCCCAGAACGGAGGCACGCCCAACAAGGUCACGCCCGUGCUGUCCAAGGAGCACAGCUCAGACAGCACUGAGUCUAACAAAGGCUCCAGCGAGUCCAGCGGUAAUGGCAGUAAGUGCAGCCCGCUGAGUCCGGACCAGGCCCUGCGUCUGUACCGCACGCAGCUGUCCUCCUUGGAGCACUCGGAGAUACUGUCCUACUCGGAUGUCUACUUUGUGGGUCCCAACGCCAAGAAGCGCCCCGCGGUGGCCGGAGGCAGCAACAACAGCGGCUACGACGACGAGCAGGGCGGCUACAUCCACGUCCCCCACGACCACCUGGCCUAUCGCUACGAGUUUCUCAAGAUCAUUGGGAAAGGCAGUUUUGGGCAAGUGGCCAAAGUCUACGACCACAAGACGCAGCAGCACCUGGCUCUGAAGAUGGUGCGGAACGAGAAGCGCUUCCACCGUCAGGCGCAGGAGGAGAUCCGGAUCCUGGAGCACCUGCGGCGACAGGACCGCAGCGGCUCCAUGAACGUGGUCCACAUGUUGGAGAACUUCACCUUCAGGAACCACAUCUGCAUGACCUUUGAGCUGCUCAGCAUGAACCUCUACGAGCUCAUCAAGAGGAACAAGUUCCAAGGCUUCAGUUUGCCUCUGGUCCGGAAGUUUGCCCACUCAAUCCUGCAGUGUCUGGAGGCGCUGAGCCGCCACCGCAUCAUCCACUGUGACCUGAAGCCGGAGAACAUCCUGCUGAAGCAGCAGGGCCGCAGCGGCAUCAAGGUCAUUGACUUCGGCUCCAGCUGCUUCGAGCACCAGCGCGUCUACACGUACAUCCAGUCUCGCUUCUACCGCGCUCCGGAGGUCAUCCUGGGAGCACGCUACGGCCUCCCCAUCGACAUGUGGAGCUUCGGCUGCAUCCUGGCCGAGCUGUUGACGGGAUACCCGCUGUUCCCCGGCGAAGACGAGGGCGACCAGCUGGCCUGUGUCAUGGAGCUGCUGGGCAUGCCUCCACAGAAGGUUCUGGAACAGGCCAAACGAGCCAAGAACUUCAUCAACUCUAAAGGCCACCCGCGCUACUGCGGCGCCAACACGCUGCCUACCGGAGCCACGGUGCUCACAGGCGCCCGCUCCCGACGCGGCAAAAUGAGGGGUCCCCCGGCCUCCAAGGAGUGGACCACUGCUCUGAAGGGCUGCGAGGACGCCACUUUCACUGACUUCAUAAAGAAGUGUUUGGACUGGGACCCCUCGUCACGCCUCACCCCCAGCCAGGCGCUCAGACACCCGUGGUUGUACCGCCGGCUGCCCAAGCCGCUACCCGCCGACAAGAGCCAGGUGCCGGUGGUGAAACGACUGCCCGAGCAGCACAGCACCUCCUUCCCCUCCAUCAUCAAAGGAGCACCCAGCCUGGGGACCAGCACCACCAGCAAACUGCGCAGCACCAUGAUGGGUGACUCGGGCGACGCCAUCCCCCUGCGCACAGUGCUGCCCAAGCUGGUCACUUAG